AUGAAGAUGUAUUACCUUAAAAAAUUAUUGUUUACCUUUUUAAUAAAUACAUUAGUGUUAUCACAUUAUGAAAAUUUUGUAAAUAACUAUUAUAAUGUAAGCCUCAUACAAAACAACGUAAAAAGAACAAGUAUAAAAUCAAGACUCUUAGGACAAACCCAAAAACAUAAUCCACAUUAUCAUAAUGAUCCAGAACUGAAAGAAAUAAUUGAUAAAAUGAACGAGGAAGCAAUAAAAAAAUACCAACAAACUCACGAUCCAUAUAAACAAUUGAAAGAAGUAGUAGAAAAAAACGGAAAAAAAUAUACAGGUGGUAAUGAUGCAAAACAUAUGUCAACGCUAGAAAAAGAAUUAUUGGAAACAUAUGAAGAAACGUUUGGUGACAAAAAUAAUAUAAUGUUAAAAUCAGGUAGGUACCCAAAUGAUAAUGACGAUUCAGAUGAUUCACCUUCAUGUGAAUGUACUGAUAUUAAUAAUGCGAAACUAGAAAAAACAAAAGGCAAAGAUAAAUAUUUAAAACAUCUAAAACACAGAUGCAUAGGUGGAAUAUGUUCUUGUUCAGUUGGUAGUGCACUCUUAACAACGUUUGGUGUGUAUGCUACUAAAGCUGCUGUCAUUGCUAAGUUUGCAGAAGUGCCUAAGAAUUGCAUAUACUCUAUUUCUAUAUUUAAAAUGCUUACGCAUGAAGCUACAUAUU